AUGAAAUCCUCGCCUCUCUUGGCUCUGCCUCCAGAGCUCCUCGUCAAUAUUCUCUCCUUUCUCCCCAUCACGUCACUCCUGAAGUUCUCUGAAACCUCACACGCCUCUCAUGCACUCGCAACAUCCAGCUUGCAUACUCUGUCUUUAUCCAUCCACACCACUCGCAUUGGGGGCAUCAUGAGCCGUCUGGGAGCCACCACUCUCCCAACCCCCAAAAAUACCGCUUCCGCAUUCGCCUCCGCCCGAAACGCCCUUUCAGCCUCUUUUACUGAGAGCAUUCCUCGAAGCAGCCGCAGCUCCCAGUCUAGCCUGGGCAUCGCCGAAGACUCCAUCCUACGCUCCGGCCCGCACGCAGUCCACGUCUUAAUCCCAAACGCACAUACUUUCGACCCCUCAACCCUUCUGGCUUUCCACAACGCCCUAAUUUCGAGCGUCCUCACGCGCCACAAGACCACCUUGCGUCACCUAGACCUCUCGCUCUGGAGCCUGACUCCCCACAUCGCUCACGCUCUAAAGUCAUUGCCAGCUCUCCGUACCCUGUCCCUUCGCAUAGAGGACCCCAACGCACGCUCAACUUCGCGCCGCAUCCGCCUCGCGCACCGCCUCGAGGAGUGUGUGGCGUGGGAUAUCCUCGCCGAAGACGCGAGUUGGGCGUCUGCGCUGCAAGCUCUACGAAUCGAUGGCGCGCAAGUUAGCACCGCGCAGCUUGGUAAGCUUCUGAGCUGUAAUCAUCUUUGCCGCGAGCUCUGGGUCUGCAAAUGCCAUAAUGUCGACAGGGACGUGUGGAGGUACCUAGGAAGCGAGUGGAAAGGGCGCACGGGAUUGCAGGUGCUGGGGGUGUUGAAGAGCUAUGUCGACAUCGAGGAAGAGGAUCUGGAGUUCAUUGGCGGAAUGGAGGGACUUAAGUUCUUAUCACUCCAAGGCUGUAACGGCCCCGACAACGACGUUUUCGAGGAGAGGAAUAGGGACGUCUGGCAUAUCCCAGAACUGAUACCGCCGCAGCCGUCUUCGCGAGGUAGCACUGUUCCUGCUGUGAUUGAGGUGGAUCCGACGUAUCAACGAGGGGUCAAUAUUGAGUAG